AUGUCUCUCUGUAUUCGUCUCGGGCCCCGAGUCCUCCUUCGUGGUAAAGGGGUUUUGAGGUGUUUUAGUGUACCACAGACUUCAUCCUACUUAGCAAGAAAAAUACCCACCUUCCAUCCUCGACGUUCGUUCUCAUCAGAAGUCACCCGUGAACUUUCUCUACCACCCGUAUCACAAUUAGCGACCCUCUCCGAACCAGAAGACGAGUUCUGGCGCGCUAUUUCAUUAUGGAAGGAUGUGCCUAGAGAAGAUUUUCUGUCUUGGAAAUGGGGUGUCAAAAAUGUCGUCGAGGCCAAGCUAGGGCGCGAUCGUAAGCUAUUAGCCGAUAAUAUGCUGGACUUUCUCGACAAUGUCCUUCCAGCCGAGAUGCCUCGUCACCACCGUAUAGGGGGUAUGCAGAGUCGAGAAGAGCUUAUGGGGGAUGUUGUAAGUGGGAUGAGGGAGUCUACCAUGUCUGUUAGGGUCAUGCCGUACGUCUUAAGUAGAAUCAACUGGAAGGAUCCGGCGAACGACCCAAUCUUCCAGCAGUUCAUCCCUUUGGGAUCUAUAAUGAUGAAAGACCAUCCCGCACUCAGGCUUGACUCCUUAAACGAGCAGAAAGACUCGCCAGCCCCGGCCGUCGUACAUCGCUAUCCCGACAAGGCGCUACUACUCCCAACCUCGGUCUGCCCGACAUACUGUCUCUACUGCACCAGAUCCUACGGCAUCGGCGCCGACACCGAGCUAGUAACCAAGGAGUCCUUCCGGACGACACGCGACAGACUCACCAAAGCCUUUGACUACAUCGAGAGCCAAGAAGGCCUCCACGACAUCGUCGUCUCCGGCGGCGACGCCUUCUACUUAGCCCCGCACAUCCUGGAGUGGAUCGGCGACCGGCUCAUCGGCAUGAAGAACAUCGAGCGGUUCCGCAUCGCGUCGAAAGGUCUAGCCGUGUCGCCGCAUAGGUUCCUCGAUAGAGAGGAUCCGUGGACGGAUACCCUGAUCCGCGUCUCGGAUAAGGCGCGGCAGGCGGGAAAGCAUAUGGCGCUGCAUACCCAUUUUAACCAUCCGAAUGAGAUUUCGUGGGUCACGGAACGGGCUAGUUUGAGGUUGAUGCAGGCGGGUAUGACGGUGAGGAAUCAGACGGUGCUGCUUAGGGGGGUUAAUGAUAGUGUUGAGAUUAUGGAGACGCUUGUUAAGAGGUUGGCGAGGAUGGGCAUUCAGCCGUACUACGUCUACCAAUGCGACAUGGUCAAGAAAAUCGAGCACCUGCGCACGCCGCUGCAGACGAUCCUCGACAUCGAGUCGGCGAUCCAGGGCACGGUGGCCGGGUUCUACAUCCCCAAGUUCGUCGUCGACUUGCCCGAGGGCGGUGGCAAGAGGCCUGCUGCGCUCCGCGAGUCGUAUGAUCGGACGACUGGGGUGUCGACGUUUACGCAGCCGUCGCUGACGCGGGGGGAGAAGGAGGGCAAGGUUUAUAGGUAUUAUGAUCCGUUGGAUACGCUGGUGACCGCGUAG